AUGUCUAACAAUCCCAUCCCCCAUCAAGAAACCGCGGGCACCCCUUCUUCAGCGCCUACACCUACACCCAUCACGACACCCAACGUUUCGUCCUCGAAAAAGGCUCUUGGCAUCCACCAUGGCGUGCCGAACAACGCGUCCUGCUCACCCGCCCCAGGUUCCUCUACCGCUAACGCAUUGCCCAACACACCAACCCCGCUGGACUUCGAAGCACUUGUCGCAAAAUUGUUGGAUCCCAACAGCGAUGUCAAAUUGAAAGUUCAUCUUAUUACCGAGCUCCGAGAAAUGAUCGAUCUUUGCUCGAAAGACGUGGAAUUCACAAAACACCUUGAUGUGAUCAUUUCAGCGGUGGUUGAAAUUUUAUCAAGCAGCCGUCCAGUCUUUAUGACAUCGACUUGGGAUUAUAAAUAUCGACUUCUUCUCCUUGAUAUUUUGUGUCGGGUCCCUGCGCACGAAGCGAUGAAAACAAACGCGUUGAAAGUGAUGAAUAUGCUGAUUGACAUUAUCCGAAACGACAACGAGGAAUCCGUGAUGAUUUCUUUCAAGCUUGUGGUUGAUCUCUACCGAUCAUUCAAAGUGAUUUUAGAGCCAACGGUCGCCCCAUUCUUUCAAACAAUUUUGGAAAUGUAUGAUCUCGUGCCAGCUACGACGGAAGAAAUUUUUGGUGAUAUCAAGACGGACAAAAAUCAACAAGAUGGCAUACCACUCCCCUCUGAUGGCUCUACUCAGCUCACUCCCGAUGCAAACAAAGCGACACUUGACAGCGGCAAAUCCAACCUGAUGCGGAGAACCGCAAGUGGGAACCCGAACGUUUCGGGAACCGCCUCCCUGACUGGAUCCGAUUCUAAUUUAACUGAAGCGAUCAGGGGUAUGAAAUCGUUCAGAGUUCUGCAGGAAUGUCCUGUGGCUGUAGUCUUCUUGUUCCAAACCUACAAAGCUACUGUGCAGCCCAGUCUGCCGGCUUGCUUGCCCAUUAUCGUUAAGUUUCUGAGAACAUCUCCUGCCCCUCAAGUACUUUGGCAUGGAAUCAUUGCUGAACGUCGCCAAGGUCCCUUUAUGGGCGUCGCGCCGACUAUUACUAAAGCCGGCAAACGGGGUCAACAUACUGAGCUGAUGAUCGCUCAGGUCAAGGUUAUGUCUUUCAUAGCGUAUGUCAUCAGAGCUCAGUCACACCUGGUACAGCCCUUCGGAACCGAGAUCCCACCGAUAGUUAUUCGCAUACUGAAGGACAUCCCACCGGAGUCAUCGCUCUCUCGCCGAGAACUCAUUGUCGCCUUGCGCCACAUCCUCGGUACCGAGUUUCGCUCGGUGUUUAUUCCAUUUCUGAAUGACCUGCUAAACUUCCGAAUAUUCAUGGGAACCGGGAUCACUUCAUUUGAGACCCUGCGAAAUUUGGUAUACAACACUUACACCGACCUCCUACAAAACAUCAAGGCAGACCUACAAGGAAACCACAUCGUAGCGAUCUUGAUGAAUUUCGCCGAAGCAUUGAACGAUCCGAUUGCCUCAACUAGUACUCAAGCCAUGGCCGGAAAGGUUAUCUAUAGUCUUGUCGAUUUGGUUGGUUCACAUCGGCUGGAAAAGCAUGAAGCCAUUAGAAUGGCUCGAUGGUUAAUGGAAACCUUUGUCCGGAAGAUAGAGGCACUGGCCGACAAUCGAGCUUACCAUAUCAAACAACAAGCUGAUAUUCAAGAAAGAUUACAGAGCAGCUCGAACCGCCUGAAAGAAGCGGGACCUAAGGAUAAGGGCAAAGGAAAACAAGCCGAUAUACCUAGCUCAUCCGAUCCUCGAACUGCAUCUCGCACCAUCAGUGCUGGGCUAGUCCAGCCUGUUCGAACUGCAGAAGAGGCGGAAGACAUUCUUAUUGAGCGAGGAAAGAUUCUUGGCGGCGUCGCUGUCGUCCUUGAGCCACCACUCGAGAAUUCCAAGGAUCCGCUUUACGGCCGCCGCGGGCUCAUUCGGUCUUGCGUCACAAGCUUCCAAAUUUUGGUUGGUAACUUGAGGAAGAUGGAUGUUCAAGCCUUACCAGACGCGAUGAUCUUGGGUCGAUUGCUGACAGCGACGAUACGGUGUUUCGGAAUCUACGAGCACCGUCGGGACGGAAGAGAAAUGAAGGAGAUUGUGGACUCUUUUGUCUGCAUGUUCACUCAAGCCGAUCUAGUUCUAUUCAGCGAAACGUUUGAGCCGUGCAUGCCGCUACUGAUGCAAGAAUUGCGGCUAAAUCCAGAAUUGCUAGCAUUUCCGCAAUAUUUCUUGGGCAAUUCAGUUCUAUGCAAGGUAACCAUUGGGAUCACUUUACGGCACACAAUGAAGCACCUCCAUCAGCUUGGAAAAGACAAACACUCAGGAGUCAUCGUGAAACUUCUCAAGAUGUGCUUCUUGGCUGUCAACGUGUUCCCAGAUGUCGAAACAACCUUGCAACCUCACAUAAGUCGCUUGAUCAUGGAUUCUCUCCGAUUCGCCUCCUUCUCAAAUGAACCUGGACAAUAUUAUUCUGUGCUAAGAGCGUUGUUUAGGGCUAUCGGUGGCGGUCGAUUCGAAUUAUUGUACAAAGAAAUCUUACCACUGAUCCAAGUUUUACUCGAAGAGUUAAACGCCCUCCUUAAUGCGGCCACCGAUCCCAAAGACAAGGAGCUGUUUGCUGAGCUAUGUCUGACAGUGCCCGUUCGGCUGAGCGUGCUCUUACCCUACCUUACCUACUUGAUGCGACCUCUAGUAGUUGCCUUACAAGCCAUCCCUGAUCUCGUUGCGCAAGGAUUACGAACGUUGGAAUUAUGCGUCGACAACCUAACCCAGGAAUUCUUUACUCCAUUGAUGGCACCGGUCGUCCAUGAUGUGAUGACAUCUUUGUGGAAAUUGUUGAAGCCUCUUCCUUACAACUCUAGUCACGCGUCUUCAGCUUUGCGGAUUCUAGGAAAGCUAGGCGGCCGUAACCGGAAAGUCUUGCAACCAAAAGCGCUUGAGUGGAAGCACGUUGAUGUCCAAGCCUGCUACCUGCCAAUUAGGUUGGAUGGUCAUCAGAGAAGCCUUUGCCUUCCUCCACUGGUUCAGUUGGCGUCUCGGCUGAUGCAACGUGGGGAUAUCCAUUACAGAAAGAAUGGUUUUGGAUUUUUGAAAAACAUCACGCCCGUCUUUUUAUCCAUGGGAUACGGACAAGGUGAACGAGAAGAAACAUUCUCAGUUCUGCUGAAAGGGUUAUUUGAUGCCACUAGAGUGACAGAAUUCUCUGCAGAUGCCGAAGCUCAUCUGUCAUCUCUUUUCGAACACGUCUUCAUCACGGAAAUCUGGCAAGAACCGGGCCUCAAUCCUGAUCAAGCGCGUUAUUCGCUUUCGCUAACCAAUACGAUCAUUGACGCCUUAAUCGAUAACCUCACCGUUGCCACAGAUCAAAAUCACCUCGAGGCUGCCUCUCGCUUCACCCUGGAAGUUUUCCAAAAGCUCUUCCAACGCGCGAAAACCUCACCCCCACCGAAAGAAGAGAUACUGACCUUCGCCAAACGAACGCUGUGUAUGAAAGCUAGCUCUUCCUGCUACGAUCAUUCAUGGCCUCAUGCCCCAUCCGCGACGGAAAUGAUUCUGCAGGGGCCAACAGAUACGUUUCUGAAGCUCUUGAGGAUAUGUCACAGCCCGCCCGAGACGCCCACUCCACGCGAGAUGACUGGGACGUUAAAUUAUCUUGUCGGACUAUUAAUCAUCGAACUGUGUAGCCAGACCAGCGGAGUUCGGCGGGUGGCCCAAUUAGCCCUCCAGCUAAUCAGUGAACGAACUCAGAAACCGAUGCAUGAACUUCUAAUGCCAGCCCGAGAACGAUUGUCACCGAUUUUUGGAAAACCUUUACGAGCUCUGGCAUUCCCUAUGCAGAUCGGGCACCUCGAUGCCUUAACAUUUUGCGUUCGAUUGGAUCCUCCAUUGUUUGAUUACAGCGAUCAGAUGAUGAGAAUAUUGCAAGAGGCCCUUGGAAUCGCCGAUGCGGAUGAUGUAGCAUUAACCGGAAGGACAAACCAAGUCAAGACAGCCAAAGCCCUUAUCGAAUUGCGAGUGGUUUGCUUGAGGUUUUUGGCGGCUACUUUACGACUACCCGAGAUGCGUCAACAAUCAACCACCAAAGCGAAAAUUCUUUCGGUUUAUUUCCAAUCAUUGUAUGCGAAAAACAUCGAGGUUGUCAAUGCAGCGCACGCAAGCUUGAAAGAACUACUUGCUAACGGGGGAAGCCGAUUGCCCAAAGAUCUAUUGCAGACCGGGCUGCGACCAGUUUUGAACAAUCUCUCUGAUCACAAGAAACUGACGCUUCCUAGCUUGCAGGGUCUCGCACGCUUAGUAGAGUUGCUCACCAACUAUUUCAAAGUGGAGAUUGGAUCCAAACUAUUAGAUCAUUUCCGGCUACUCUCAGAUCCUCAAACACUUGCUACGGCUGCCUUGUCUUCGUCCCAGGAAAGUGGUGUUCUAGAAAUCAUGGCGGGAGUCGUGAACAUAUUUCAUUUGCUAUCUAGCCCGGCUGCUGGCGUUUACCUGCGUGAUAUGAUCGCAUACGUGGUGCACGUCGAGACAAUACUGAAAAAAGUCACUCCUAGCCCAUUCACCAAGCCACUGUCUCUUUACAUCGAUCUUUAUCCCGAGGCAGCUACCGGCUACUUUUUUACCCGGCUGGAUGAUGAAAGGCAUCUGAACACUUUAAAAUGGGUCUUACUCAGCGAUCACUCGGAACAGUUCAGAAAUUACUUGAGGCUAUGUGCUCAAGACUGGCUCAAGCAAAGCUAUUCCUCUAGCGCAACUUACGGCCUGCAUGGCACGAUCGUUCUGCAGCAGUUAGUCGCUAAAGAUCCCAAAUCGAUUGCCAUUGAUUCAGAAAUCAUGCACAUCAUCAGUCAGAGAUGGGUAUCUGACGAGAGGAAAUCACGACUGGGCCUUGGAAUUGGCGAUGACCGUUUUGCUCAACUUCGCGAGGACGUAAUUGCUGUCGAAAUCAUGAUGACCUGCAUCAAGACCCACCCCCUCGGGAAUAUUGAUUUUUUGUUUCAUUUGGCUGAUGUCUUGGAUGCCAAUAGAAUCAUCGAGUACAGUCAUGUUGCCCGAUUUUACAAUGAGCAAGUCCUCAAAAGCACGGAUGUCACUUACAAAUCGGCUGUCCUGGCGCGCUUUCUCAUUAUCGUCAAUAAUCACCAAAUUCCUCCUCAGCAGAAAGCUGCCAUCUUACGGCACCUGAUCAAUCCUCUCCUGUUGGUUGCCUUUGAACGAGGGGAAAGAGAAAAUGACAUUGUUGAUACUGAAUACAUUAACAAGGUUCAUCUCGUUAUCUGGAGUGCAUUCAUCCCGAAUACCAACGUGAAGCCAUUUGCAUCAGAUGAUAGAUUAGAUGUUGAAUUGUUACACAUGGCUAGUUUGAUCGUACAAUAUCGGCCCAAUUUAGUCGCCGACCAGAGGAAAGAGAUUAUCAAAUUUGGUUGGUACUUCUUGAGCUUAAGGGACGACUUAACGGUCAAAAACGCGGCAUACAUUUUGAUCUCUCGUUUCAUCGCGGCCUAUGAUUCUCCAACGAAGAUCGUCAGUCAAAUUCUAAACGCUCUACUCAAGCUACAUAGCACAGAAGCCAAACACCUGGCGCAAAAAGCCUUGGACAUCUUACUUCCGGUCAUACCCAAAAGAUAUAAGGAUAAUCCAUCAGAAUGGAUUCGACUAAUGAAGCGCACGCUGAGCGAAGAGGGGCAAAAUCUAUCAUUCUUGUAUAAUUUCUACUCAGCAGUCGUUCGAAACCCUGAGCCUUUCUUUGCCCACCGAGAUGUUUUUAUCCCUUACAUCUCUGCUGCGCUUCCCCGAAUGACCGCCAGUGGAAGCUCGAAUCCUGAAAUGCGAAGCCUCGUUGUGGACUUGGUUGAACUCGUUGUUCGAUGGGAGCAGCAGCGCGUUGAAGUGACCAGCAAAGAGGCGACCAAUCAAGAUGCUGAAGCUACCAGUCGUACUCCAAGUCCAGAACCGGAGCACUCUUCUCCUGCCAAGCGAAUCAAAUUAGAUCAACCCAGUACGCCUGUUCCAUCCGCCACCGGAUCCGAAAUAGCACUAGGAGGGUACAUCGUCCCUUACCCGAUCAGAGACGCGAUUGUCAGCGUACUUAUUCGAGUCAUUACCUAUCCUAAUGAGCCAACCUCAAAGAACCCGCCGAUCGUUAAAGCACUCUCAUCAAUGAGGUUAAUUUUGACCAAAGUUUGGCCUGAGGUGGAGGUAAAAGUAAACUAUUUCCAGCGUGCUCUGUCUGCCGAAAUCACGGAAGGAAACAUUGGGGUUGUCUGUAAUACCGCCGAACUUCUAAAUAUUGUCCUAGAGAACAAGUCAGAUGAAUGGCUCUUGGACAAUUUGAGCUUGGUCCAAACUCUAGUGGAGAAAGGUGUCAGUUUCAAGUCUGAAGAUUUAUUCAAGGUUCAGCGGCCGCUACUGCAUAGAAUAUUCAGUGUUUUACCUGUCGACGAUCAAUCUACUUCAGAUCAAGAUGAAAAGAAGGAGAAGACUGGCGCCGCGGUUACUGCUUUUGAGCAGUGGGUCAACUCGACAAUCAAGGAAGGACUGAAAGAGCCUCGCAUUCAUGAAAAUUUUCGUUCGGCGCUGGCAUUGCUGCAGGCUUUUGAUCGAGCCCAACCUUCGAAAGUGGAUGUUUUUAUCCCUGACAUCGUUCGCAACUUCACCCGCGCCAUGCGCGAUCAUUUAGCAGCCACUCAAACAGAUCGCAAUCCUACGACACCCGAGCAAGCCAAGAUUCUCCUUGAGCAAACCAAGACUCUCCUUGAAAGCACCAGGCAAAUCCUUGAAGGCUUAUGUGACUUGAUGAAGACCCGGGUGGCAGCAAUGGGAGAACAGCGGCUGCAUCUUUUGACCGGGCUUGUUCAACUGGUCGAGAAGUCUCCCCACGUGGAGCUGUGCCGUUACAUUCUAGGCGUUCAGCGAAAAUGGAUUGAAGAUAAGGAUCCGUUGCCGACGUCUAGAGAAAAGGCAACGAUACUGGUCAAGAUGAUGAGCUAUGAGCUGAAGGGUAAUGAAGAGUUACUGAAUGAGUAUCUGAAGUUAAUCUUAGAUAUUUAUUUAUCGAGCAGCUACUCAAGAUCUGAAUUUACCAUGAAACUCGAACCAGCCUUUCUCUUGGGCUGUCGCAGUCGGGUCCCAGAAAUAAGGACGAACUUCAUGGCGGUCUUCGAUGAUAGCAUUCGACCAGAGCCUUUCGCCCGAUUGCAGUACUUGAUUGGAGUCCAGAAUUGGGAACCAUUGGCCGAUAUCAAUUGGAUCCAUCACGCAUUGGAUAUCUUUCUGGGCUCGGUUGAAAUGAAUGAUCCAGUUUUGAUCGAAGGUAGACUCCCCUAUCCGCUGCCGAACUCGUCCGAUUUUUUGAAUUGGGCUGAAUCAGUCAAAAUCAGCAAUGUCAUCAGUUCUGCCCGGCAACUGCUCUAUGCAGAUCCAGCUGAAACCGAGAAGAUUUGGGUGUCCCUGUUUCAGGCCGCUUGGACGACAUUUUCUAAGCGGGAGCAAGCUGAUUUGACAAGAUACUUGAUCCAUUUGUUUUCAAAAGAAUAUAUGAUGAAAGCUGUUGAUCGCAGACCCAAUGUAGUCCAAAUCAUCUUAUCCGGUGUCAGAGGCUGCAAUCCAACGGUCGUCCUACCUCCCCAUUUGGUCAGAUAUCUAGGUAAAACCUAUGCUGCUUGGUACACCGCAAUCGAAAAUCUGCAGCAAGUUUUGGACGAAGUGGUCGAUUUCAAUCAAGAAACUCAGACCAACAGCCACAAUGACAACCGGCAUCAUCCUGAGAGCAGUCGCGAAGUCGCCGCUGAAGCUCUAGCUCAGUUGUAUGCCGAGUUGGGUGAAACUGACAUCUUCCAUGGUCAAUGGAGGCGCAAAAGUCUAUGCAUCGAGACGAAUGCUGCGAUGUCAUACGAGCAAAUUGGGGAAUGGGGAGCAGCUGAACAAGCAUAUGAGAUGGCUCAGGAAAAAGCCAGAGCAAAUUUGCUCCCUUUCGGUCAAGGCGAAUAUAAUCUUUGGGAAGAUCAUUGGGUUCUAUGCGCGUCAAAACUCCAGCAAUGGGAGCUCUUAAGCGAAUUGGCGAGGGCUGAACACAAUAGUGAAUUGUUACUCGAAUGUCAGUGGAGACAGGCUGACUGGUCUACCGAGCAUGAAAGUAUCGGACUUGCCAUUGGAAAUCUUCCUUCACAAAGCAUACGAAGGAUCACCUUUCAAGCUUACCACACGCUGCUCAAGAGUCAUAUGGGGUUGCUUCCCGAUGAGAGCCGUCCGGAAUUCACUCGACUGGUUGAUGAAGGCAUUCAAUUGUGUCUUCACCAAUGGUUUCGACUACCCGAAAUUGUUACCGAGUCACAUAUUCCUUUGCUGCAAGCAUUCCAGCAGUUCGUUGAACUUCAAGAAGCUUCGCAGAUCUUCGACAGUCUGAUAUCAACCACAAGUCAAAAUAUUGAGGCAAGGUCGGCCGACUUGAAACACGUAUUACAAACUUGGAGGGAGCGAUUACCGAAUCAAUGGGACGAUAUCAACGUAUGGAGUGACCUUGUUUCUUGGAGGCAACACGUUUUCGCAGCCAUCAACAGAACUUAUAUACCAUUGAUUCAAUCGAACCUCGGCGCCAACACCCAGUCGUUUGCGUAUCGAGGACAUCACGAGACCGCGUGGAUUGUCAAUCGGUUUGCUCGCAUAGCUCGAAAGCAUGGUUUAUUUCAAGUGUGCAAGGACGCCUUAACAAGAAUUUACACACUGCCGAAUAUCGAGAUUGCAGAAGCUUUCCUAAAGCUAUGCCAACAAGCAAAAGUUCAUUUCGAACACCCUGACGACUUUGGUGUUGGAUUCCAGACUAUCAGCCAUACGAACUUGAUGUAUUUUGGACCCACCCAGAAGUCUGAGUUUCACACGCUCAAAGCCAUGUUUUUGGCAAAGUUAAAUCUCCACGAGGAAGCUUCCCAAAUUUUCAAUCAAGCUGUCAGCACCGACUUCCAGCAUCCCAAGGCUUGGGCUCAAUGGGGUGUUUACCAAGACAAGCUCUUUGAAAAGUCUCCUGAAGAUCUACAACUCGCAGCUGGAGCGGUGAACUGCUAUCUGCAAGCGGCUGGUCUGUACAAAAACGGCAAAGCUCGCAAGCUGUUGAUCCGAAUAUUGUGGCUGCUUGGAAUGGAUGACGCAAGUGGGACGAUUGGUCGAGCAUUUGACGGCUUUAAAGGAGACCUCUCGAUUUGGAAUUGGACUUAUUUCAUCCCACAACUGCUUUGUUGUCUUUCUGCUCCCCGUGAAGCACGUUAUGCCAAGGCGCUGUUGACCAAAAUAGCUAAAUCGUUUCCACAAUCUCUUUUCUUUUAUCUGAGAACGACAAUUGAAGAACUUUACCCGCAAAAGCAAAGAGCAUACAACGCUGGCCACAGGAGUGGUGGCGUCUCUCUCAACAAUUCAACAAAUCACGAGAACAAUACCUCUCAGCCUCAGCCCACAUCGAUUCAGCAAGGGGUACCUCCCAACACAAGUGCAAACCCUACCCAGACUGCCGUAACCCUACCAAACCAUCCUCCUCAAAAUAGCGCGUCGCCUUUACCACUGCCAUUCGAACACGCGGACGAAAUCAUGAGCACCUUGAAAACACAGUUCCCUCUCAUGGCUUUGUCGAUGGAGAUGUUGGUAGACCAGCUUUAUCAACGGUUCAAGGCUCCACCUGAAGAAGAUGUCUAUCGAUUGAUCAGUGCUUUAUUACAAGAAGCCCUCUUGUUCUAUAUCCAAAGAGCAGGCAAUCCCAACGAUGAUUUACAACUAUCUGAUGCUGUCAAAAACAAUUUGGCUAGAUUCUCGGAAAACUUGAGCCAACUGCCAAUGCAACCGCAUUUCCAUCGAGAUUUUGUCGAAAGUCCGCAUAACUUGAGAACAUACGUGAAUAAACUGCAAGAAUGGCGACUAAAAUAUGAGAAAAAUAUCGAAAGGAAACUCAGAAAAUCGAACCUAGAAAAUGCAAGUCAUUGGAUGAUCGAAUUCCAAUACCAAAAGUUCGAUGAUAUAGAAAUUCCUGGACAGUACUUGAAGAGAUUCGAUGAUGAUAAUAAUGCGCACUUCGUCAAACUCGUGCGAUUCUCGACGGUAUACGGCUAUCAUCGGCAGAAGGAACAUUGGUUUCGCAGGAUAACCAUGAUCGGACAUGACGCCAGUCAACACUCAUUUGUCAUUCAGAUGCCAGUACCGAGAUCUAGUCGAAGAGAAGAAAGGAUCAUGCAACUCUUCAGAAUGUUAAACUGUACACUUUCACGUCGAAGAGAAACUCGCGCGAAAGACGUGUCUUUUACAAUACCAGCUGUGAUCCCUCUCGCCACGAACAUCAGAAUUAUGGAGAGCAAUGUAGCUUAUUGUACACUGCAAGAAAUAUUCGAAUCCUACUGCCAAGAAUCUGGGAUGUCGAGAGACGACCCUUUGAUCGCUUACGCUGAGAGGUUGAGAACCUUUGGGUUUGAGGGCACAGAGGAUGUUAAUUCGCUGAGUACCAAACUUGAGAUUGGCGAGGAAAUCACAGCAAAACUUAUGCCAGAUUCUAUCUUGAAAAACUAUUUCUUCAGGAGUAUGAAAACUGCUGGGGAUUUAUGGCUUUUCAGAAAGAGAAUGACGAUUCAAUAUGCCAGUUUUAUCUUCAUAUCAUAUAUUUUCAGUCUCAGUUUGCGAACUCCCCACCGGAUAGCAUUUGAUCGCUCUUCUGGCGCAAUUUUCACGACCGACAUGUUUCCGUCUGUUUUGUCUAACAAACCGGAGUUUGGGCAUACUGAAGCUGUACCAUUCCGCUUCACCCCAAACAUCCAGCAAUUCUUGACAAGACAGAAUAUUGAAGGUCUUCUGACAGCCUCUUUAAUGGCUAUUGGGCAAGCUUUGGUACAGCGCGAAAAUGAAUUGGAGCAUAACUUGUCGAUCUUUGUAAGGGAUGACGUGAUGAGCUGGAAUCAUAUCGCGCUGGCCAAAUCAAUGAACGAGGAUUUUAACAUCAAUGAAAUCAUAUCAAAAAAUAUACAAUUGAUCGUCAAAAAGUCUAAAUUACUAGCCUGUGAAAUGGAAAAAAAGAAUAUUGAUCCUGCUAAUCCUCAACCCGUCUGCCAAUCAAUAAUUGAGUUGAUUAAUUUAGCCAGUAGCCUACCCAAAUUGUAUUCCAUGGAUCCUGCCUGGAUGCCAUGGUUAUAA